AUGUCACUCAAAACUUCCACCAGGGUCCAUGCCCUAUCGAAACCUGCUCCCCAGGUCAUCUCCCUCUCCCUGCUGGACGCCACCACCGCAAACUUUGCCCUCACCAGCGCUAUAUGGCUCUUCGACGCUUCCAUACAGCCUAACCAAGAUAUCAACUUAUCGGAACAUUUGAGAAAAACACUUGGGGCCACUCUGAAUGCAUAUCCUCAGUGGACAGGUCAAAUCAAAGCCAUCACAUCAACUGAUGGGAGCGCUCCCGACGAAGCAGCCCAUUUGCCCGCUCAUGCUCGACGCUUUGGACGAAUUUACACCAAAUUCGGAUACGAGCAAGAUCCCGGAGUUUCAUUCACUACUGCAACCUGUAGCUCUACCCUUGCUGAGCUGUAUCCCAUCUCUUCACGCCAUGCCGUUUGGGAGCUGGAUAAGAGCGAUUUGAAUGCGUUGGUAUCGCAGGAAUCAAUCGCAGACCCUUUCCAUGCACAUGAACGCAAUGAAACCGGGGUGCUGAAGCCGGUUAUGGCAAUUCAACUCUCGGAACUGGCGUGCGGAGGCUUCGCUUUGGCUGUAAAGAUUGCACAUCCUUUGGCUGAUAUUUCUGCUCUGGCGACAUUCAUGAAAAAUUGGGGCGCUGUAAGCCGUGCAGCUCUUCUAGGUGACCCUGAGCCUGUGUUGAAGCCAGUCUUUGAUCCAUCUAAGCUAGAUAGACUUGCUGCAGGCAAUAUCAACAGCUCGCAGCCGUCUUCAAAGGUAUUGAAGCAGUUGGAGGGCCUACCACUACACAGAUACGACUGGUGGGCAUCAGCAGCAACUUGCCCAUGGGGUAUGACCAUCCCAGAACCUUUUAAAGAAGACGUUACACCCGCGGGGAGAAUCAUGCCCUGGACUGAAUGGGAUGUCAGAGCACCGGUGCCCAGGUCCAUAAUUCGCUUCACUCACGAACAAGUCGAUUUCCUUUGGAAGGCAGCCAAUACGGGUAGCACGUCAGGGAUAAGUAGGCAUGAUGCCAUUGUCGCCCAUGUCUGGUCAUGCAUUACGCGAGCACGCAAGACCGACGAUUCCGGCCCGGUACACUGCGACUUGGUUUAUGGCGUGCGGUCACCGCUUCAAUUGGGAAGUGGUUUUGUAGGAUCGCCUAUGUUUAUGAUUAAUGUUGAGAUGGCUGCGGACGUGGUUGGGACCGAAGGGGGAAGUCAUUUUCACAAGGUAGCUGGUCGUAUUAGGGAGACGAUCCGCAGGAUACAACCGUCUGAUAUUGCAGCUCAUUUGCAUAGUAUUGCGUAUGAAAAAUCGCCGCAGCGGAUUUGGCAGGCGUUUUUGGGUCGUAGGCAUGUUAUGCUUACUAGUUGGGCUAGGGCUGGGGUUUAUGAUGUCGAUUUUGGGCUGGGUUUGCUGCGGUAUGUGGAUGAUGUUAUGCCGAGUAUGGAUGGUAUUGUUGUUGUUAAGGAGGGUGCUGGGCCGGGACGAUGUGGGAAUGAUGGAGGAGGAGGUUGGACGGAGAAUGGUGUGGAUGUUGAUGUUCGUAUUGGGAGGGAGGAUAUGGAGCGGUUGUUGGAGGAUUGUGCGUUGCUGCCGUGA